CAAGGGGGAUUUAAACUUAAAAAAAUCCUUAGGAAGCAAGUGUUUACAUUCACCCGGUGAAAACUUUUGUGCCUGAGAGUUACAUGAUUAGAGUUACAUUAGGGGAAUGGUCUUUCAACGUCUUCCUGCCCCUUCUCAAGGGUCAAGAAGACAUUCUUCCACAGGGAGCAUUUUAUUUGGUGGAUAUGGGAGUUUUUAGUGCAGGAGAAUCCAGGAGCUAAAAGGCAUGCCAGAUCUUUCAUUACCUCAUUCUUUUUCCCACCCAGCCGUAUCUACAGAGUUGUCUACAUUUCUCCAAGAACAGCAGAAAAUGAACACAUUCCAGGUUGAACAGAAAUUCCAGGGAUCAGUAUCACUUAAAGAUGUGAUUGUGGGCUUCACCCAAGAGGAGUGGCAGCACCUGGACCCUACUCAGAGGUCCCUGUAUAGAGACGUGAUGCUGGAGAACUACAGCAACCUCAUCUCAGUGGGGUAUUGUGUUACCAAACCAGAAGUGAUCUUCAGACUAGAGCAAGGAGAGGAGCCAUGGAUAUUGGAGGAAGAAUUCCCAAGCCAGAGCUUCUCAGAAGUCUGGAAAGCUGAUAACCUGAAAGAGAGGAGCAGAGAAAACCAAGAUAAACAUUUAUGGCAAGUUAUAUUCAUCAAUAACAAAACACUGACUAAGGGACAAGGUAAUGUAAUAGGAAAUCCAUUUAACUUGGACACAAAUUCUUUUCCUUCCAGAAAAAUACUCUGCCAGUAUGACUUAUGUGGAAUGAGUUCAAACUAUAUUUCAGAAUUAGUAAUUAAUAAGAAAAACUAUUUAAGAAAAAAGCCUGAUGAAUUUAAUGUCCGUGGAAAAUUGCUAUUUAAUAUUAAGCAUAAGAAAACUCAUACUGGAGAGAAAAGUGAAGUUUUUCAAAAUAAUAAAACCCUUAGUCCUAAUGAGGACACUAUUCAGCACGAGAAGAAUCAAACUUCAGAGCAAAAUUUUGAGUAUAAUGUUUGUCAAGAACUCUUCCAUGAAAAAGUCGUAUUUAAUACACACAAGAGAGAAAACCCAGAAGGGAAUGACUAUGAAUAUGAUGAAUGUGGGAGAACUUUCUGUGAUAACUCAUCCCUCUUGUUCUAUCAGAUAGGUCCCUCAAGAGACAAUCACUAUGAAUUUAGUGAUUGUGGGAAAUCCUUAUGUAUGAAGUCAGCCCUCUUGAAACAUCAUGGAAUACAUAUGAAACCCUAUGAAUGUAAUGAAAGUGGGAAUAAUUUCAGGAGGAAGUUAUACCUCUCACAACUUCAGAAAACUCAUAAAGGAGAGAAACACUUUGAAUGUAAUGAAUGUGGGAAAGCUUUCUGGGAGAAGUUACAUCUUACUCGACAUCAAAGGAUACACACAGGAGAGAAACACUUUGAAUGUAAUGAAUGUGGAAAAACUUUCUGGGAGAAGUCAAACCUCACUAAACAUCAGAGAUCACACACAGGGGAGAAACCUCAUAAAUGCAGUGAAUGUGAGAAAGCUUUCAGCCACAAAUCAGCCCUCACAUUACACCAGAGAACACAUACAGGGGAGAAACCCUAUCAAUGUAAUGUAUGUGGGAAAACUUUUUACCAGAAAUCAGACCUCACUAAACAUCAGAGAACACACACGGGGUUGAAACCCUAUGAAUGUUAUGAAUGUGGGAAAUCCUUCUGUAUGAAUUCACAUCUCAUAGUACAUCAGAGAAUUCACACUGGUGAAAAACCCUUCGAAUGUCCUAAAUGUGGGAAAUCCUUCUAUCAAAAAUCACAUCUUUCACAGCAUCAGAGAACUCACAUAGGGGAAAAACCCUAUGAAUGUAAUGCUUGUGGGAAAACUUUCUACCACAAGUCAGUACUUACCAGGCAUCAGAUAAUUCAUACAGGUUUAAAACCUUAUGAAUGUUAUCAAUGUGGGAAAACCUUCUGCUUGAAGUCAGACCUCAUGGUACAUCAGAGAAUUCACACAGGGGAGAAGCCCUUUGCAUGUCCUGAAUGUGGGAAAUUCUUCAGCCAUAAGUCAACCCUCUCCCAACAUUAUAGGAUGCACACAGGGGACAAACCCUAUGAAUGUAAUGAAUGUGGAAAAAUCUUUUACAAUAAAUCAUACCUAACCAAACACAAUCGAACACAUACAGGGGAGAAGCCCUAUGAAUGCAAUGAAUGUGGAAAAACCUUCUGCCAGAAGUCACAGCUCACUCAACACCAGAGAAUUCACAUAGGGGAGAAACCCUAUAAAUGUAAUGAAUGUGGGAAAGCUUUCUGCCAUAAGUCAGCUCUAAUCGUACAUCAGCGAACUCAUACAGAAGAAAAACCCUAUAAAUGUAAUGAAUGUGGAAAAUCUUUUUGUGUCAAGUCAGGACUUAUUUUACAUCAGAGAAAGCACACAGGGGAGAAACCUUAUGAAUGUAACGAAUGUGGGAAAUCCUUUAGUCACAAGUCAUCCCUCACGGUACAUCAAAGAGCUCACACAGGAGAGAAAUCUUGUCAGUGUAAUGAAUGUGGUAAAAUUUUCUACCGUAAGUCAGACCUUGCUAAGCAUCAGAGAUCACACACAGGAGAAAAACCCUACGGAUGUAGCACAUGUGGAAAAACCUUCUCUCAGAAGUCAAACCUCGUUGUACAUCAGAGAACUCACACAGGAGAAAAAUCUAUGAAUAAAAUGUUCAGCCAGAAGCCAUCACCCACUAAAAUUCAGAGAAUUCACACAGGAGAAAGAUCUACUGACACUCUGAAUGUUCAGUAACCUUCAUCCACAAACUUGGCCUUAAUUUACUUCAAAGUAAUGAUGGGGAAAUAGAUUGCAACAAAUAUAGGACAGCCUUUGUUAAGAAGUGACAUUUGAUUGAUACUGACAUAAAACUUUACAGUUGGUUUGAAUUUGUGUAAGUUACUUGUAAAAAUCUAAACUAGCUUAAGUCAGUUUAUAUUGAGAAAUCUGGCCAUUUAAGAAAUACUUAUUUUAAAGUUUCUUUUGGAAAUAAUGUAAUAUUAAAAGUUGUGUUUUAGAUUUGAGACCAUACUUGUUUUCUGAAAAAAUAACAAAUAGUAAUAUAUAGACAUUUGUUGCAGAAUAUGAAGCUUAAAUUUUUUUUUUCUUUUUAGAAAUAGUUCAAGACUCAUAAGGAAUUGCAAAUAUAUUACAGAGAUUUCUUUUGUACCCUUUACCAAGUGUUCCGGAUUGAAUUUUUUCCCUCAAAAUAUGUGUUGUAAAUUCUAAACUCUAUACCUGUGGUUAUAAUCUCAUUUGGGAAUAGGUUUUAUUUGUUAUGUUGAUGAGACAGUAUUAGUAUAGGGUGUGUCUUAACUC